UGGGAAAACGUCCACUUGAUUCGGCGUCCGAGGUCAUCAUUCGAGAUUUUUGAAUAUAAAUUGACCUGUCAUUUGAAACAAAAUUAUUCCUCCAAUCUCGUUGACUGGGAAUGGGAAGCUCCCUUAAUUGAUGCCGCAUUCCCACGUUCAACUGCUAAGCUGAUGAAUCAAAAAUUCUGUCGACAUUGGUCCAGUGGCAUCCUCCUCCAACAUCUUUGAUGAACUUCAACCUUUACUAUUUAGUUACCAUUUAGUUACUAUGGCCUUGGCGUUGCGUUUUUCCUCACUACUGGCCUUAAAGAACUGAAUUUUCACUAAUAUUCAGCAUAAACUCCAUUGAUUUUGUAGCUUUGAUUGAUACCAACCAGCUUAUUUUAUAAAAUGCCACGAAGUGGGAGUGGGAGUCGUGGUGGUUAUCGGGGUCCGGCAAUGGGAUCCCGAUCCUACUCAACCGGGCGACCGUCUUCUUCCUCUUCCUCCCCACCUCCCUACAGGCCACCAAAUAAAACUCCAUCCACACCCUCAAAUGUAGGCCAACCCAGUUUAAUGAGACAAAUGGGAGCUGUUGCAGGAGGUGUGGUUGCGGGAAAUCUCAUUGCGUCAGCAAUUUUGGGUUCUGCCCGUGUCCCACCCGAAGUUUCCUGUUCUGAAAAUGGGACCUGCACCGGAAUUUCGGAAGAUGACCCGUGUGCCAUGGAACUGAAGAAGUUCGUAGAAUGUGCUUAUCAAGCUCAGGAAAUUACAGCUUGCGAUGGAUACAACACUUUGCUGAAGGAAUGCAGACUUUAUCAAGAACGACAUGGAAAGCGUUAGUGGAAUCGAACAGAAACACACAUUUUAUGUACAUCUCCAAAUUUUGUAUACGUUUUAAGCAUACCAACGUAAUUCAAUCCCAACUAAUAAAAUUAGUAAUAAAUAAUGCGAGAUGAAAAUUGCAUUAUCAAUCAUGAAUCACAACGAAACUCCAUGUGUACA